AUGUUUCUGAUUUCGAGUGCUCAACAGGCUGGCUUGACAGAUUUAAAGAAAGACAUGAACUGUCCUUCAAAAAAGUUUGAAGCAAAAUCUGUUGACUCUAAUUCCACAGCAGUGACCGAGUGGAAAUCUAAACUUCAGACCUAUCUGACUGAAUAUGAGCCACAAAACAUUUACAAUGCUGAUGAAACUGGCUUGUUCUUUAGAAUGGUGCCUGACAAGACCUUAGAAUUUAAAGAUGUUCAGUGCCACGGUGGUAAAAUGAGCAAGGAUCGAUUAACAGUUAUGGUCUGCGCAAACAUGACAGGGUCUGAGAAAGUACCGCUUUUUGUGACAGGAAAAUCAAAAAAUCCUUGCUGUUUCAAAAAUCUAAAAACAAUGCCAAUUGAAUAUGAUGCAAACAAAAAAGCAUGUGUCACAUCAGAAAUCUUCACUAACUGGGUGAAAAAGUUUGACCGCCGUAUUUUGGCACAGUCGCGAAGGGUUCUGUUGAUUGUCGACAACUGUCCUGCACAUCCAGAAAUCGCGGGAUUAAGAUCUGUCAAACUUGUAUUUCUGCCACCAAACACAACAUCCUUGACCCAACCUAUGGAUCAAGGAGUCAUAAAAAAUCUCAAAGCUCACUAUAGAAAGCAAGUCAUUCAACAACAGCUUCGAGCUAUUGAAACAGGUUGA